ACACACACUCAACUGACUCACUCUACCGCCAUCCACCCAGCUCGAGAGCCUUUCACACAUAUACACUGCAGAGACCGAUCUAUUCUUAAGUGUAUUACCUUAUUGGAAUUCCCGACAAUGUCUUUCUGCCGCGCUAUGCACCCCCCGGUGACAUCAUCCACAUCGCUUUGCCGAUUCGUGAGCAAGGCCUCCUCGAGGCAAUGUGCCCAGGCGGUGCGGGGUUUCUCGUCUUACGGCCAUAUCUUCCACUCCUCCAACAAACGUGACAUGCAGACGGCGACGGCCUACCGUCCUCACUCGUUGCCCACCUCUUUCCCGCUACCCCGGAGCAGCGGUGUUCCCGAUACCUCCAUUCCUGCCGACUUCUCCCAACCCAUCCCCUACCAGAUGCCCGCACAGCAGCCGUCCCCAUCGCGGAUCAGCAUCAGAGAGAACGAAGCGUCUGCCGCAGCGCCCGCGCCCGCUGCGAAGCCUCGGCGCAAGCUGCGUGCCAGGAAGGCCGCCAUGACGGUGACCCCCAAGGCGAUCGAACAACUGCACAAGCUCCUGUCACAACCGGACCCGAAGUUGAUCCGGGUUGGGGUCAAGAACCGGGGAUGCUCCGGUCUCGCCUACCAUUUGGAGUACGUGGAGAAGCCCGGCACCUUUGACGAGGUCGUCGAGCAGGACGGGGUCAAGGUCUUGAUCGAUAGCAAGGCCCUCUUUAGCAUUAUUGGGAGCGAGAUGGACUGGCAUGAAGACAAACUCAGUCAGAGAUUCGUAUUCCGGAAUCCCAACAUAAAAGCAUCUACCACAUUCCUCCCCGACCAUGACCCGGACCCUCUUCUCCUCACCGUGCGCUUCUCCGCGUCUCUCCCCGACCUCCCCCUAGACGUGCCCCAUCCAGAAACCACCACUGCCGCAGGCCUCAAGCAACUAAUCCGCUCCCGUCUGCCGACCGAUCUCUCUGCUCAUCGUCUCCGACUCAUCUACGCCGGUCGAGGUCUUGAAGAUGCCACUCCGCUGACAGUCUCGUUGAAGCUGCCUCCGCCGCCGCCGCCAGCACAGCUGGUAACCCUACCAGACAGCGACGAGUACGAGAUCGGAAACGAGGAAGACAAGGGCAAAGGCAAAGCGCCGGUCCGGAACCAACACCCGCCCCGACCACGCAUCUACAUUCACUGUUCGAUUGGAGAUGUGGUCUUAUCGGAAUCGGAACUCGAACGGGAGGCCCUCUCUGCGUCGACAGUGCAGAAAGACCUGUCCCGUGGUGACGGUACUACAAAUGGUAUAGAUGGCGAUAAUGAAAGUUCGGCGGCAGCGGCAGCGGCAGCGGCAACAAUGACCACGACCCUACCUGCUCCGCGUGGGUUCGACAGGCUCUUAUCCGCCGGAUUUACUGCCGCGGAAGUCGCUGCGCUGCGCUCACAGUUUCUUGCGCUGCAUGCCGUAUCGCGAACGCCAGACACCAUGCCGACGGGGUCUGAGCUGCGCGAGCUCGAGGACCGAUGGAUGGAUGAAGGGUCGUCGGGGAUGGGGGUCGCUGGGAUGGCUGGCGGGAGCGGCGGGACGGGGACUACGGUCGCUGCAGCGGGGGAAGGGGGCGGGAUCUCCUUUGGCGAUGAUGAUGGCGGGUUUGGAGGGAGCAGCCGCGGCGCAAUCGAUGAUAUGCUUUGGGGGGCGGUCAUGGGGUUCUUCUGGCCGGUGGGUUGUGCCAUGUGGUUGAGACGGGAGGAAGGUGUCUGGAGCUGGCGAAAGGGGUUGGCUGUCUUCAUCGGCGUGCUUUUCAAUGCCGCAUGUGGAACCAUGCGCAUCGUGAAUUGA